GGACCCCGACCUCCCUUCUCCUCCCUCGCCUUCGAUUUCCUCAUUCCUCUCUGCGAAGAAACACCCUAGCUUUUGCCCUCCUUUCAUCCCUCGCUGUCUCUAUUGACCCCUUCUGCAUAGCGUCUCGGGUCUUUUCGCCGUUUCGAUCCGUUCCUACCGAUCAAAAUGGAAUUCGAGGGCCGAUACCGCCAGGCUCAGAGGCCUAAAUACGAGUGCCUUCUAUUUGACCUCGACGAUACUCUGUACCCUUAUAACUCCGGCAUAGCAUCCCAGUGCCGCAAAAACAUCGAAGAUUAUAUGGUAGAGAAGCUUGGGAUUGAGGAGAGCAAGAUCCCAGACAUGUGUAAUUUACUGUACAAGUACUAUGGGACAACCAUGGCCGGUCUAAGGGCCAUUGGCUACAAUUUUAAUUAUGAUGAUUACCACAGUUUUGUUCAUGGAAGAUUACCUUAUGACAAGCUGAAGCCAGAUCCUGUUCUUAGACAUCUUCUACUGAACCUGCCAAUACGCAAAGUGAUUUUCACAAAUGCUGAUAAGAUCCAUGCUGCCAAAGUACUUAAUAAGCUGGGGUUGGAAGAUUGUUUUGAAGGAAUUAUAUGCUUUGAGACACUGAAUGCACAAAGUAAUUCAUCUUCACCCUGUGACCCAACAGCCGCAACCAACAUCUUCAACAUCCUUGAGCAUUUCUCUCAGCCCGCUGCUGGUUCUGAACUACCAAAGACACCAAUCCAAUGCAAGCCAUCCAUGGAUGCGAUGGAGCAUGCUCUCAGAAUUGCAAACAUUAGCCCUCAGAGAUCGAUUUUCUUUGAUGACAGUGUUCGCAAUAUCCAGUCAGGCAAAAGCAUUGGCCUCCACACGGUGCUGGUCGGCAAUUCACAUAGAGUUAAAGGUGCAGACCAUGCACUAGAAAGCAUCCACAACAUCAAGGAAGCGCUGCCUGAGCUCUGGGAGGAGGCUGAAAAAUCUGAGGAUGUCCGAUACAAGGGCAAGGUUGCGAUCGAGACAUCUGUGACUGCCUAAUGCUCAAUUCCUCCAUGUAAUGGCUCUCAGAUGAGAAGAUGUUGUACAAUUACAUCAGAGGGGGCUUGUCCUCGAAACCCAGCUCUUCUUAGUCUGUCCACGUAAUUAUGGUUGGAGGAGGAGAAUUGUAUGGAAUGGGCAGGAAACCAUCAUGCUUCCCUCCAUUUCGUCAAUUGAUAUGCAUGUAACUAGUAUUCAGAAAUAAAUAUUUUUAUUUUCUCUAUCAUAUGCCGAGGUAGUGCAGGGGAUUUUUGA